CUUCUGUAGGGUUCACUGCGCCAUUUGGAAUUCAGUCUUCUGUUUAGAACCAAAUUCGGCUUGUUGUUCUGGGAUGUUUCAGGCAGUGCUGUGAGCUUUAUCUCUAUCCAGCGUGUUCGUGACCGCACAGAGGUGAAACACACAGGCGUGCAGCAGGACUAACCCGAGCACAUCCAUGUCCAGACUCCAUGUUGCUUUAAAGUCACCGCGGAAACUCGUGUCCUCCAGCCCGAGGCGGUGAACCAUGAGCGUGGAGACACACCGCCUGUAAUCCGUUCAGUUUCCGCCAUGAGCUCGGACGCGGAGGCAGAGAGCUGCUGGGCUGCACAGUGCUUGGAUGUGGCCGUGAGGACAGCGCUCAGAGCCGGCCAGAUGGUCCGGGUGUUCGUGAUGCAAGAGAAGCAUGUGAGCAGUAAAAGCACUCCUACAGACCUGGUGACGGACGCUGACCAGCACGUGGAGGAGUUGAUCAUGUCCACACUCAGGGAGAAGUUUCCCUCACACAGAUUUAUUGGAGAGGAGUCAUGCGCUGCAGGAGAGAAGUGUGUUCUCACAGAUAACCCCACAUGGAUAAUAGAUCCUAUUGAUGGCACAUGUAACUUUGUUCACAGUUUUCCCAUGGUUGCAGUAAGCAUUGGCUUUGCAGUAAAGAAACAGCUGGAGUUCGGGGUCAUAUACCACUGUUUUGAUGGAACAUUAUACACUGGCAGAAGAGGUCACGGGGCAUUUUGCAAUGGAGUCCGACUCCACGUUUCAAAGGAGAAAGAUGUUUCCAAAGCCCUCAUUCUAACAGAGAUCGGGGCAAAGAGAGAUCCUCACACACUGGAUAUCUUUUUGGAGAAUAUGAAGCAGCUGCUGAGUGCACCAGUCCACGGAGUGAGGAUCAUGGGCAGCUCAACUCUAGCACUGUGUCAGGUCGCGACCGGAGCAGCCGAGGCUUACUACCAGUAUGGGCUGCACUGCUGGGACAUCGCUGCAGCGGCACUUAUCAUCACUGAAGCAGGCGGCUGUGUGAUCGACACCACAGGGGGUCCUCUUGAUCUCAUGUCCCGCCGUGUUGUAGCGGCUGGCUCCCGGGAGAUAGCGGAUUACAUCGUCCAGCAGCUCAAGCCGAUCAGCUACGGGCGUGAUGACGAUGACCCCUGACCCAGAGACCAGCCUUGAGCCCUUAAUUUGCAAAUCUCAGCCUUUUACCUCAAAUCCCUACAAUCCUGCCAUGUUAUCUGCAGUGUCCUUUAUGCAAUGCUUUUUUUUAAAUAGUUUUUUUUCUGUAACUCCAUUGGAGGAUUAAAGUAAAUAGAAGAUAUUACACAAUUGCUUGAACAUAUGAAGUUUACCUUUGAGUGGUGAACAUAUUCAUGAGUGAACGAAGCAAACAAGUGAAAAUAUUUUCAACACGAGGAGAUAAACUUAAUAUCUUUGCACCACCAUGUAAUGUUGUUUAUAUUAUAUGGACACAGUCACACACAAAAAAAAAACAGGCAAGUUAAUCAAAAGCUUUCUCAACCUUUUCUGCUUCGAGGCCCACCUAUUCAUACUUGUAACGAGUUGGGGCCCAUAAAAAAAUAUAUAUAUAUUUUGCCUCAUCUAUUUUAUCUAUCUAUUUUAGUAGAAUCUAAUAAUAUACUGUAAAGUGUAUUAAUGGGAUAUAACGUCACUCCCUGUUACAGAUGGGAGCCCAGGAAUUAAAUAAAUGCAAUAAAAACAAGCUGUUUUUAAUUGUAGGUAUUGUAUUUAAAACUGUAUUGAUGUGCCAGAAGCCAGUGUAAAACCAUGUAUGCAGAGCAUUCUCAGUCAAAAGGGAUUAAUGAUCCAAAAGUGGAGUCUGGUCCAUUAACACAAGAACUUAUUGCCAUGUUUGUGUACAACAAACAAGCAAGUUAUUAAAACCAAGAAGUACACUCAAAAGAAGUGGAUAUAGAAACCACUCAGUGGGAUUAGAUCCUUAAAUGCUAAAAAAGAAGGAUUUUUCCUAUGAAAGAAAAAUUUGCUAGCUAAAUUUGACAUCAGUAGAAUAAAUUUUGAUCCUGUUGUACCUGUAACUAAAUACAAAGAUGAUAGUUAUGCACACUAUUAAUUAACUUAAUGUGAAGAUAAUUAACAUAUAAUCAACAGAUUUUAAGGGUUUUUUUAAAGAUUGUGUUUAUUUGUAUCUGUACAUGCACGACCCCACCAGCUCUGCUGAUCAACUUAUCGUGUUUAAAUAAAGUUAUUCAUUCAUUAUGAGUUGGAAAAUUAUCCAUCCAUUGAGUUCCCCAACAUCUCAAACUACCUGGUGCUGCAGACAUCGUUCUACACAGACAAAGGAGGAAUGUGACAAUAAUAAAGACUUGUUCUUAAUUUA